CUUGGCCAGCCUCGCUGAUGCAGUAGCAGCAGCAGCAGCAGCAGCUUGGGCUGACACGCACAGAGAGAGAGAGAGAGAGCUUUUGUAGUCUGGGGGACAGGCAUCCAAGCAGGGAGGAGGGUUUCCCGGAAAAAGGGAACUGAUUGCCUCUGGAGGAAGCUGCCACAUCUGGGGAGGGAACCCAAAGACCAAGGAAGGGACCCAAAGAAGACCGAGGAGUGAUCUGCAAGGAAGCAAGAUGAGCACAGGCAUGCGGUAUAAAAGCAAGCUGGUCAACCCAGAAGAAAAACAGGACCAUGAGAAACAGUAUGUGGGCUUUGCCACGCUACCCAACCAAGUACACCGGAAAUCGGUGAAGAAAGGCUUCGAUUUCACCCUCAUGGUUGCAGGAGAAUCCGGACUGGGGAAAUCGACCUUGGUGAACAGCCUGUUCCUCACAGACCUCUACAAAGACCGGAAGCUUCUCAACGCGGAGGAAAGAAUCAGUCAGACAGUAGAGAUUGUGAAGCACACAGUGGACAUUGAAGAGAAGGGAGUAAAGUUGAAGCUAACGAUUGUCGACACCCCAGGAUUUGGAGAUGCUGUUAAUAACACUGAAUGCUGGAAGCCCAUCACAGAUUACAUUGACCAGCAGUUUGAGCAGUACUUCCGGGACGAGAGCGGCCUCAACCGGAAGAAUAUCCAGGACAACCGCGUGCACUGCUGCCUUUAUUUCAUUUCACCCUUUGGCCACGGGUUGAGGCCAGUGGAUGUUGAGUUCAUGAAAGCUCUGCAUGAGAAAGUCAACGUUGUUCCCUUGAUCGCUAAAGCCGAUUGCCUAAUUCCUUCGGAAAUCAAGAAGCUAAAAGAGCGGAUCCGGGAAGAGAUAGACAAGUUUGGAAUUAAAGUGUACCAGUUUCCGGAGUGCGACUCCGAUGAAGACGAAGAUUUCAAGCAACAAGACAGAGAGCUGAAGGAGAGUGCACCCUUUGCCGUCAUUGGCAGCAACACCGUGGUUGAAGCCAAAGGCCAGAGGGUACGAGGGCGACUCUAUCCCUGGGGCAUUGUGGAAGUGGAAAACCAAGCACACUGCGACUUUGUGAAACUGCGGAACAUGCUGAUCCGGACGCACAUGCACGACCUGAAGGAUGUCACCUGCGACGUUCACUACGAGAACUACAGAGCCCAGUGCAUUCAGCAGAUGACCAGCAAGCUGACUCAGGACAACAGGAUAGAAAGUCCCAUUCCGAUCUUGCCCCUCCCGACGCCAGAUGCAGAAACGGAGAAGCUGAUCAAGAUGAAAGAUGAGGAGUUGAGAAGAAUGCAAGAGAUGUUGCAGAAAAUGCAAAAGCAGAUGCAAGACCAGUGAGAGAAGGCAGGGAGGAGAGGCAAAGGGAACCAUCCUUGUCGCCUGUCUGCCGUUCAGCCGGAAUUGCGGACACUCUAGGAAGGACUUUCCCAUUGCACAGAGACUUGUGAGCAAGGCUCAUGCUCCCUCCAACUCAGCAGUAGCAACCUUUUGCCAUCAGGAUGUCUGAGAGACGGGAAGGGGGGUGGGAGAGAGAUUGGUCCCUUGCGGUUGACCGAAAGCCCCUCCUGCGUUGCGAAUCUAGCCAAACACAAGCCUCCAUUUCCUACUCUUUCCCUCUGAUGUACUAAACUCUUGUUAAGGGAAUGUUCUGGUAUUUACAGUCCCGAUGUCUAUGGCAUAUGAAUCUGAGGACUCUGUGUAAAUACUCGUCAAUGUUUACUCCUAACCAAGGUGCUGUGAUCUGCCCGCCACCCUUCUCUUCCCUUUAACCCCAACCUCUCGGAGGUUGUAGUAGACGCUGCAAGGCCAACGAUACCUCUGAACAAAGUGCUCGUGAGGAUGGGCCCAACCAGUGACCUCUCACCUGGGGGCAUUCUGUGCUUUUCCUGCCACUUUGAGUGGACCAGCAGCCAUUUGUGUAGAUAUUCAGUGAAGGCUGAUAGGUUGGACUUGGGGUCCUCUUCAUUGGUUCUCAAUUCAGUGAAGGCUGAUAGGUUGGACUUGGGGUCCUCUUCAUUGGUUCUCAAUUCAGUGAAUGCUGAUUGGUUGGACUUGGGGUGCUCUCUGAUGGUUCUCAACUCGGUGAGAGCUGGUAGGUUGGACUUGGGGUGCUCUCCGAUGGUUCUCAACUCAGUGAAUGCUGAUUGGUUGGACUUGGGGUGCUCUCUGAUGGUUCUCAGUUUGGUGAACGCUGAUAGGUUGGACUUGGACAUUGGGUGCUCUCCAAUGGUUCUCAGUUUGGUGAUUGCUGGUUGGUUGAACUGGGGUUUCCUUUGAUGGUUCUCAACUUGGUGACUGCUGAUUGGUUGGAUUUGGGGCGUUCGUCAUUGUUUCUCACAUUGAUGAAUGAUGGUUGUUUAGAUUUGGGGUGACCUUCACUGGUUCUCAAAACAUUCCUAACUUCUUUUCCUGCUAAGAAACUCAAGGCACUUUUGCACCAGGGGGAAGGAGAUAUGGGCUUGCUUGUGGGGAAACGUAAUACAAACCAGUUUCAGCUACACUUGUUUUAGGUGAGACAGACUACUACAGAGUGGCAUUUGGAUGUUGGAAGCUCCUAAAUGACUGAGGUAAGAAUCUGUAAGAAAAGCCGUCUAGCAUCAUUUCCCCAUGCUGGUCCGUUCUCGUUCUCUCUUGCCAGCAAUGCAGAACUCCAGAGAAAAUUGUUCACCAGGCUUCUCAGUGGUUUUCCUCAGUGCUCUUUCAAGUCUUAGGUCUUCUUUAGGGACUUUACCUAAAAUAUAGAGCAAAAUGUGUCAUUUUUCCCACUUGGAAUUGUGUUGUGGAUUUGGAAGAAAGGUUACAGAAGAUGCCACUCCUUCAUUCAGAUCCACUGUGCCAUGCAGAAUCGGCGUACGUUUUGCUUCUUCCUCCUUUUGCACUUACUCAAUUGGCAUCAUGGGUUUUGUAACCUUAAGGCUGCGCACAGAUCCAAUGCUAGGAGCUGUGUAACCACAAAUGCGGCAUAAUUGUGAGCAAAAUACCUGUGCGUGAUUGCUAUACUGUUUAUACAGUGACUGUAGAUUACAAAGCCAGUGAUGCAGUGAGACUGAGAGCAAGAGACACAUGAAAAUAAGGCCUCUUCCUUUGCUUCUGUGUUUCAGGUGGGGGGAAUCCUGGCCCUGCCUUGCCCCAUGAAAGGAACCACCUCUUUUAAAAAAAUAAGCACUGAGGUUCUGUUAUAUGUGUUUCGGUGUUAACUCCUGAAACAGCGGAAGUGGAAAUUCCAGAGGAGCUGAGGGUCUGUAUGUGGCUUAAACUGGAACCAGAGAAACUGGCCAUCUGGGACUCUUAGCAACUUAAAUAUGCUUCCUACCGGCUUCAUAGCACACAAUAUUCCCUCUGGCUCUCUUUCUCUCUCUCUCUCAAAAACAUCUACACAAUGCCCCAAGGGUACCGCCUGCUUUUCUGCACCUCCUAGGCCGGCCACAUUUUGGUCUCCUUAGGGCCCCGGCUAGGGAGCUGUUUCAUGAUCUCCCUCCCGCGGGGAAAGCAGAGAGAGAGAGAGAGAGAGAGAGAGAGAGAGAGAGCGCUGUUGAGCAGAGAUAAGGUUGCUGUAUCUGCAGUGUGGCCUGGCUUUCUGUGAUGCGCUUAACGCUAACCUCAUGUCCAAGAAGGAAAAUCAUUGGCUGUGUGGCCUUCUCUGAUAAAGCAGGACUUGAGGAGUAUUUUGAGAAGGUUGCAUGGAAGGCGGAAGGCAAAAUGUGAAUUAAAAUAGAGCCUAGCCAGCUCUUUUCUCCCCCUCCCUCUUGCUAGGUUGCUAGAUGAAGCCCCAUAUGAGAGGAUUCUUUCCCAUAGGUAUAACUGAGUCGAGGUCAUCACAGCAUCCGUAAUUCACAUUUGCAGUAGCAGAAUGAGAAAGCGUUGGCGAAAUGAUUCUCCCUCACCCCGCAAACGUCACUGCACAUAUUUGCCCUACAUCAUGAAGAAGAAAAAUUAUUUUAGGCCAGUGCUUACAUUAUAGUUGUAGUGUGGUUCUUCCCAUCAAGAACAUCAACCACAUAGGUGGCCAUGUUUAUAAAGUGGCUCAGGCAAUUUUAGCCUGGAAAUUCCCCUUCUUUGGGGAGUGGUUUUGCUUGGGAUGCUAAAUGGCUUGAACGAUAUGUGUUACCACUUUAUACAGUUAGCUUCCCAUUCAAUUAGGAGUGUGGCUGAACUGAAGCACGAUUUUUCUCAGGUGAGGAGGGUUCUAAACAGGAGCAAGUCAGCAAGCCCAUUCCGAGUGCUGACAGGAAGCAUUGCCCUCACUCUGAAUUGGCCUUGUGACCUUGUUGCGUAGCCAGAUCUGAUUGGCUUUGCGGUGUUGACAUCACACUGACUUUGUGGUCCCUGAUGGGUUGGGCUCAUUAUUCCCAGCAAGAUGAUUAUGAUAUUUUGUUUUGUUUUUUAAAAUGGUGGAAAGUAACUGCCGAGAGGGCCAGCAAGUAACUAGAAAACAUUUAUCAGUUGUGGAGUUUGGGGGAAAAUUUCAAGCCAUCCAAGAUUAUUUCUGCACAGCCCUGAUUUAAAGAGCCUGUGUGGUUUGUGUUCAUAGCAGCAACCACACGUCCUGUAUAAGGUAAAGUUAGUCCUUAAGUCCCUUGAUUCCUUGCAGUUGUAUUCUUUAGAAGUCUAUGAUGGCCUUUUUGAGAAAAGAAAUCCUCUAGAGAAGAAUGAACUGAUUUUGUUAGCUCAUCUCCUAGCAUCAUAAUUCCAUGAUUACCGGAGUUGUAUGCUCUCAGCCGAACUGUUAUGGUCAAGGAAAAGUAUUCCUAGGUUGUCAUCAGCUGCUGCUGGGGGCUGUGUGGUGUUAUGACAUCACACUGACUUUUUGAUCCCUGAUUGGUUGGGCUCACUAGUCCCAGCAAGGAAUAGUGACUGAAAUGUUUGGUUUUGCUUUUUUGAAAAAAUGGUGACAUCACACUGACUUUUUGAUCCCUGAUUGGUUGGGCUCACUAGUCCCAGUAAGGAAUAGUGACUGAAAUGUUUGGUUUCUACUUUUUUUUUAAAAAAAAAAUGGUGGCAAAGUAAUUGCUGAGAGGGAAAGGAAGCAACUUGAAAAAGUAAUCAGUUGUGGACUUGGGAGAAUGGAGAUGUGGAGUUGUCCUCAUUCCUUGUGAUGGAAUCUUUUCCCUUUUUGGAGUAAAUAGCUGCUAACUCCGAUCCAGACAGCUGAAUUCCACAGCUAUGAGCAGAAGAGGAAACCCUGAAAUAUUGAUGCAACCGCUGUUCUGCAAAGGGUAGAGCAUAGGGCAGGAAAGGGAACUAGAGAACUGAAAUCUGCAAGCCACGCGAGCAUGGGAAGGCUCAUAUAUUUCUGGGUUGCCUUAAAGAUGCGAGUAUAAAGGCUCUCAGUCUGUGGGAUGGAUGCCCCAAGGGGGUCAAGGAGGGAGAAAUCCUGAGGCCGGUGGAACUCCCCGCCGCCGCCACCUCCACGCAAAUUUGGUAUUUCCAUUCAGCUCUUUUAAAAUUUCAGUUUCUCAUUGGGAGAAAACCUGAAAUUCUCUUUUGAAGUUCCAGGGACGUUGACAGCUCAGUUUUUUAGUACCCCGGUCCUCCGCAUUGCCUGACACUGGUGGAUGCAUUGGUGAUCAAUAGCUCCAAAAACUGGAAGAGAAGGCUGGAUUCUUUAGAGAAACCAGGACACUGCCUUAAGGACAGUUGCCUUAUGUCCAUUACGCUGGGUUCUGUGGAUCUCUGUUACCAGUUGCAUCUGGCCAAGGGAAAACCACACUGGCACUAGCACAGAAGUGUGGAGACAUGUGGAAUGGGCCACCCCAGCCCGUUCAGGAUAUUUCCCUCCGUAUUUGGGAAAUGGUGACCCUCUGUUAUGGGUCUUAUAAGAGCCUGCUCAGCUUAAGUUCAUGGCCCUGUUGGCCACAUGUGGGACAGUCCUAAAAUGAAGAACGCUGACCAGUUUUGUUGCUUUCUCCGCCUUCCAGUCCCCCCUGCCGACUUCCUUUCCACUUUCAUACACACACACACAAACACACACUGACGUGCACGCCUGCUAGUGUGGUGUUCUGUUUGGGAAUCUCUCGGGCAGGGGGCAGCACCCCCAUACUUACAUGAGCAGUACAUGGGGUUGCCCUCUUACAGGCAUUCGUAUGCUGUGCCCAACCAGAGAGACGAGGGCACAAGCUGAGUUUUGCACGCAUACACUGAUUGCUGCUGCGAUUGGUAGUUGGCCACAGAAUGGUACUGGCUUUUUGCUUGCUCUCACAGAUCUAUCUCCGCAUGCCUUUCCCCCCUCUCUGUGUGUGGGAGAGUUGUGUUCUCUGUACAAUGGCUCUUACCUUUCUUAGGCAUCCUCGCCUCCCUUUCUCACUGCAGCUUGCUUGUGCUUUUGUGACACCUACCUUGCCUUGCUCUUUUCUGUACAUAUCUCGUCGGCGCUCUCUCUCUCUCUCUCUCUCUCUCUCUCUCUCUCUCUCUCUCUCUCUCUCUCUGUAAAUUUCUGUUGAACAUUUUGUCAUUGUGACCCAAGAGAACCUUUUAAACAUAUCCAUUUUAUUAAAAUUAUUAUUGUUAAUAUUCAUAAUGUUUACUACCUGAACUGAUCAAUGAAGUAAAUUAAAAACAAGAACCAAC